AUGGCGAAGGCUACUAGCGUCACGACCGGCGUGGUCGCGCUCCUGUGCGUCGUCAUCCUGCUCCUGUCGUCCGCCGUGACGACGACCGAGGCCGCCGCCGGCAGGCAUUUGGGGAUGGGGAGGAGGGACGGCGAGGCCGUGACGACUGCUGCUGCGACGACCGUGACGGGGACGGGGCGGCCGCUCGGUAAUAAGGUAAUGCGAGAGGAGAUGGAGACGUCGAUGACGGACGGCGACGGCGCCGGUGUCGGCGAGUCCAAGAGGCGGAGCCCUGGCGGCCCGGAUCCUCAGCAUCACUGA